GUGUCUUGGCAGAUCCCGGUGAUUACUGGAGCGUUCCUGGACUCCCCGAAUGAGGAGUGUACCCCCGACUUCUCCGUGUUUAACUCCUCGGGCGCCGCCGCGGGGGAGUCCGGGGCCGAGGGGGAGGAGGAGCCCAACACGACCUCCAGCGACGCCGUGUGGCUGUGGAUUGGGAUCAUCGCCACCAUCGGCAACAUCGUGGUGGUGGGCGUGGUCUACGCCUUCACCUUCUAGGGCCGU